AGGAGCUGCAAUGACCUUCACCUUCAUAGCCCUGACCUGUCUGGGGCUGAGUCUGGGACCCAGGACCUCAGUGUUGGCUGGGAACCUUCUCAAGCCCACCAUUAGGGCUGAGCCAGGCUCGGUGGUCACCAGUGGAAUGAGGGUAACCAUCUUUUGUGAAGGAACCAAAGGAGUCCACGAAUACUAUGUCUAUAGAGAUGGAAGCCUAUAUCCCUGGAGCACACAGAGGCCACUGGAUGGUAGAAAUGAGGCCGAGUUCUCCAUUCCCUACAUUGAGCACUAUGAUGCAGGGCAAUAUCACUGUAACUAUUGGACCUCUGCUGGCUGGUCACAGUACAGUGACCCCCUGGAGCUGGUGGUGACAGGAUUCUACGUGAAUCCCAGCUUGUCAGCCCUGCCCAGCUCUGUGGUGACCUCAGGAGGGAAUUUGACCCUCCAGUGUGCUUCGUGGCAGGCAUAUGACAGGUUCAUUCUGGUUAAGGAAGGGCAGAAUCUCACCUGGACCCAGGUCCCACAAUAUGCAUACACUAGUGAACAGUAUCAGGCCCUAUUCCCUGUGGGUCCUGUGACACCCAGCCAGAGGUGGACAUUCAGAUGCUAUGGCUACUUCAUGAGCAACCGUCUGCUGUGGUCAAUGCCCAGUGGCCUCUUGGAGCUCCUGGUCUCAGGGACCCUCCACAAACCCACCAUCUGGGCUGAGCCAGGCUCCGUGACCACCACAGGAGCUUCUGUGACCAUCUGGUGUCAGGGGAUCCAAGAGACACAAAUAUAUAUCCUACACAAAGAAGGAAACCAAGUGCCCUGGGGUAGACAGAGCCCACUGGAGCCCAGGAACAAGGCCAAGUUCUCCAUCUCACCCAUGACAAAGCACCAUGCAGGUCGAUAUCGCUGUUACUGCUAUGGCCCUGCGGGGUGGUCACAGCACAGUGAUCCCCUGGAGCUGGUGGUGACAGGAUUAUACUACAGCAAACCCCAUUUAUCAGCCCCGCCCAGUCCUGUAGUGACCUCAGGAAGGAACAUGACCCUCCAGUGUGUCUCUCACUCAAGAUAUGAAUGGUUCAUUCUGACCAAGGAAGGAGGACAGGAGCUCUCCUGGACCCUGAACUCUCAGUAUAUAUUCACUAACGGACAGCACCAGGCUCUGUUCACUGUGGGCCCCAUGACGCCCAGUCACAGUGGGAUAUUCCGAUGUUAUGGCUCAUACAAGAGCUCCCCACAGAUGUGGUCAAAACCCAGUGACCCCCUGAAGAUACAUGUCUCAGGGCAGUCCAGGAAACCCUUCCUGCUGACCCAGCCAGGCCCGAUCUUGGACCCUGGAAAGAACCUGACCCUCCUCUGUCAUGCCAACAUCACCUAUGACACAUUUUUUCUGACCAAGGAGGGAAGCAGAAACCUCCUCCAGCAAUCCCAGGCUGGGGCCUUUCAGGCUAACUUUCUUCAGGGCCCUGUGAGCAGGUCCCACGGGGGCCGCUACAGAUGCUACGGUGCACACAAUCUCUCCUCUGAAUGGUCGGCCCCCAGCAGCCCCGUGGACAUCCUGAUCACAGGACAACUCCCUGUCGUACCCUCCCUGUCAGUGCAACCAGGCCCUGCGGUGUCCUCAGGAGAGAAUGUGACCCUGCUGUGUCAGUCACGGAGCCCUGUGGACACUUUUCUUCUGUAUAGAGAGGGGGCAGUUGAUCCCUACCUGCACCGUAGAUCAGGGUCCCGUGCCUGGCAGUAUCAGGCAGAAUUCUCCAUGAACGCCGUGACUGCUGACCUCGGGGGGACCUACAAGUGCUACUGCUCUCAAGAGUCUGCCCCCUACCUGCUGUCGUACCCCAGCUCCCCCGUGGAGCUCACAGUCUCAGGACCCUCUGCAGGGCCCAGCCUUCCACCCUCAAGACACAUCCCAACAGCUGGACUGAAAAGAUACCUGAAGCUUCUCAUCGGGCUGUCAGCGGCCUUCCUACUCCUGCUGUCCCUCCUCAUCUUCCUCUUGGUCCUCCGGAGCAGGUGUCAGGACAAACACAAGGACAUCCAGAGUGAGACCCACUUGCAGCUUCCUGCUGGGGCUGUGGAGCCAGUGCGCAGAGACAGAGGCCCUCAAGAGAGCUCCAGACCUGCUGCUGUCAUCCAGGAAAAAAGCCUGUAUGCUUCCGUGAAGGACACACAACACAAAGACAGCAUGGAGCUGGACAGCUGGAGCCCACCUGAUGAAGACUCCCAGGGACAGGUGUAUGCCCAGGUGAAACCCUCCAGGCUCAGGAGGGUAAGGGACACCACUUCUUCGUCCCUGUCAGGGCAAUUCCUGGACACGAAUAAGGGACAGGCUGCUGCAUCUGAGGAGACCCAGGAUGUGAUCUACACCCAGCUGUGCAAUGUGACUCUCAAACAGGGUGCACCUGCACCUCCUUCCUCCCAGGAAGGGGAGCACCCAGAGGAACCUGUUGUGUAUGCUGCUGUGGCAUCCACUUGCCCAAGAGCAGCACACAGAAACACUUGAGUAAUGACCUGCAGCCAGCCAGGACAUCAGACCUCCAGAUUUCUGGCAAUUUUGGGAACUCACCUGAAUCUACCCCACAUGUA